AUGGAUGUAACUGGCAUUGAAGAGAACGAAGACACGGCUUCGAUCGGAUUGCCAAUACCAAGCGCCAGAAUCAAUCCUGAAUCUUUUGCAUAUGUUCUCUCGUGUAAAGAAAAUUACCGGGAACUCUCCGAUGAUGAAAGCGAAGAGUCCGAUGAUGAGGAAGAUGAUGAAGCGCCAGAUGGUCUGAAAGACACGAGUGUCUUCAAAUGCCCACAACCACCUCCCGAGGUUCAAGCAGAAAUAAGCAGAUAUUAUCGUCAAUUGUGGACCAACUUUUUUCUCAACAAAGAACCUCGCAGAAGAAAAUACAAAGAGAAGAAGUUAAAACUGUUCGGUUACACAAGGACUGAAGCAAUCAUGAGCGGCAUGUGGUGGACUCUCUUUGGAGUCAGUAUGUACUUUCAUUACAGAGCCGCCCGUUAUCUCUACCAAAAAUAUCUGUGCAAGUAA